UACUUCUACUGGAGUUAUUUAUAUAAUACUAAUAAAAUGGGGACGCCAAUCCAAUUCAUUGUGGUAUUAUUGUGUUCUGUUUAUACAAUGUCCGAUGGGUGUGACGAAUUGUUCGAGGGUUUCGGGGUACAUUUAGGAGCAAUGGGUCAUUUUUCACAAUCGUUACCUUCAAUGGUCCAACAAGUAUUUGAUAAGACAUAUAAUGACCUUGAAAUUCGUUAUUACAGAACCUCCUACGAGUCAAAAUUUUCUCCCUCAAGAGACGUUUAUGAAAUAAAGUGUGAAUCUCCUCCGAAUACAAUUUGUUCCUACAUUGACAUUCAUCACGAAAUUGCCAAAUAUCCAGAUAUCCACGUGAUGGCAUCCAUUUGGAGCCCUCCUCUCUACAUGAAAAAUAAUGAGCUGUCCACUCUUCUCGUUUCAGAGGAACUUAACUAUUACUACUACAUUAAAAACAUUACAAAUUUAAUAAAGGACCAAUUUAAUAUAACUAUUGAACGCGUAUCACCAGUAAAUGAACCUGAAAAUGUAUUUGCUACCUGGGAACACACGUCCAUGACGCCACAACAGUUGUGUCGAAUGGUUCACGACUUUAAUGAUCCUCAUAUUUCUGUUUGUCCAGAAAAUUCCUACUUCUGGAUCAGUGAAGCGUAUUCUAAUACGACGGAAAAUGCAACAGUAACGUGUUUGGAAUCUUGCGAAAUUUUUGGAACUCACGCCUACGCACUUCAUCUCGGAGAUGAUGAUGACAAUCUACUUGCUUAUUAUGACCAGGUCAAGUACGCCAGAAAAGUCCCAAAUGUUCCGAUUUGGCAAACUGAAGUGAGCAGCACCUGGGGACGCUCCUCUGAGAGACAAAUGGAAGAAGCACUUGACAUGUCCGUCAACAUAGCAAAUUUUGUUGGACACACUUGCAUUCAGCGAUACUACUUGUGGUUGGCUUACACCCUCUACUCCUCUGGAGAGUCGUUAAUGUGGGGACAUGACGAUGGCAGUCUCACUCUUCCUAAAAAGUACUUUGCCUAUAAGCACUUUACCCACGCCGCUGCUGGGGGCACGAAACGAGUCACGAAAUGUGCUCCGGAUAACAUACCCCAAGUUCAAUGUCUUAAGUUUGGAGAGAACAAUGCCGUGUUUGUCAACACCCUUGACUUUGUUGUUCACUGGGACAAUAUAAUCUCAUGCACGCCCGGUUCGUUCUGCUGCACUUCAGAAGCUAGCGACUGGACCUGCUCAAAUACAAACAGCACAGAAUUAAAUCCACUGUCAAUUUGCUCAUGCAUUGUGCAAAAUAAUUAAUGUAAAAUAUAUUUAUAUUUUAUUAUUGCCUUGCAAAGAACCAAAAUAACAUGAAUUUAUAAAUACAA